AUGCAGCAGUUCAUCUGCAAGUACAUUCCGCAACAUCACUUGAUCACACCCCAUGUGGCUGGCUACCCUAUCCACAUUAUUAUGGAACGCUCUACUGGAAAGACGAUGGACUGCUAUGUUGAGUUGACUAGCCCGCUUACUGCUGCUCAAGACUGGGAACAUGCCUUUGGCCUUAAGUGCAUGCGAAUUCCAAAGAUCGGCCAGCGCAAUGUGGAAGUCUUCCUCAGCAACCAAGGCGAGCUGAUGAAGGACAUGUUCCCCCGUGCCAAAUGUAUUCACUUCGACAGCCAGCAGUUUGGCGCCCCGAAGUUGGUGCCGAACCGCGACAUCUUCUCGUCGGGCUACAAGGGAUUCAUGACCAACGAGGAACUCACUUGCAUGGUCCGCCAUGCUGAGUAUCCCCAGCGGUCCCAGUUUGCCAAUCGAAGCAUGCAACGUACCUUUGAGAGCAUGAUCAGCACUUUGUACAAGGCAAGCCAUCCCCUCCUUUUCCUCUCUUUCCCUUGGUUUUCCACCAAACUUUACACCAUACGUCAGACUCUGACCAUGUUCGACGCUUAUAAGAAGCAGCUUGACGUUCUUAUUGUCAAAGUCGACUCUUCAAGAGGCAUACCCCGUGAAGUGGGCCUGGACAACAAACUCCUGAUGGAUUUCAUCUUCGCGGGUCUUAAUGCACCUGGCUUCAAUGAGCGUCAGCGUGCAGACAUUGUUGCGUCCUCUCAGGGGCUAGCAUGUGGCUUCAGCAUCAGCAAGCAUGCUCCUUACUGGCCGUUUCACACCUUGUCUGCUCAUCCUGUCAAUUUGUCUGAACAGGACGUCGGAAUGUGGCUUGAGAUUUUGAGCAUCGGCAUGGGAGUCAUGGAGGGACAAAAACGCAAACACAUUGGCAUCAAACCGUACCUCGAGGUCUGCCGUGACAGUGAAGGCCAUGUCUUGUUCACAGCUACCGAGGCCGGUCUCAACUUGAAGCGCGCACAUUUCUGCUUGUGGGAAAAACGAUUCAUGAAUCAUAUGAUGGAGCUUGGUUGGGAGGCCUACCUAGGUCAAAUGGGUGUUGAGCCACCAACACCCAUGCAGCAUCCAGACGUGCAUCACUUCAACAACAACUACGUCGUUGGAGCCGCUCAUGUCAAUCCUGUCAAUCCUUUUGAUGCCCCAGGAAGCAACAACACCCGUCCCGUUGGUCCACUUAACAACAACGGCCAAGCAUCCGGUACCGCCGCCUAUGCUGCCAAUUCCCAAACCGAAAAUGACCAUUUCGACGAUGAGAGUGACGUCGAGGAAGAAGACAGCGGUGACAAUCUCAACGAUCCCGAGAAAGCAUUGCAGGCCAUGCGCGAAGUCCUCAGACAGGUCAGCGAGGCUCCACCGCCCAAUGGCAAGCAGCAAGCCACCUCCGGGAAAAUCAGCAGCUAUGACGCGAAGAUUGAGGGAUUGGGAGCCGGCCUGCAGAGCAUCGAGUUUUCAAGUAACAACAAUGGGCCUGGACCUACUAUCGUCGGGCAGCUCCCCCAACAGCGCUCUGCUGUCUCUGUCCUUGGUCGUCCAUUCAAUCCAGAGUCUCCCGUGUUUGAGCCACCUCCAGGUUGGAACCCGCAACACCGCCAUACUCCCAGCAGCUCUGGCUCUACAGUGGAGGCUGGAACCGCCUUUGGUGGCUCUGGUUUGGGAAACGGCGACUUCACUUCUCCGCAGAGAAUCAGCACCGCUCGUCAAAAUAACAAAGGGAAGGGAAAAGAGACUGCGGCUGCUACCAGUACUGCCCCGGCCACCGCUGCUGGCGUUCGUCUUCAGCCUGCAAUCUUCGGUCCACCCUUGGGUAUGAUUUACGGUCGAUCUGAAACUGCUCAGCCAAACCCAUUCCCAGCGCCGAACCGUGAGCGUCGUGGCAUUACCAUUGUUUCCCCAGACGACGGGACUACCCUCACAACCCUGCGACCCACUCCCGCUCUUGAGACCAAUACUGCUCCUUUCGGUGGUCUCGGUUCGUCUAUACUGUCUCCAGGAUGGGCGCGCAACGUAAAUACCACUGAUGGAGUCCACGACCUCAUUGACAACCUUUUCGGCGAAACCACAAGCACCGCUGAUCGAAUGGCCAUGGACACUCCUGUGAUGACUCCGUUGAGCACCCCGCCCUCUGCGCCGGUCACUCCUCUGCGCCGCACCAUCGGUCGCGUCCCUUCCGCUGGCAUUGGCCCUAUCGAAGACGACUAUGACGACCCCGAGGUCAUCAGAACGCCGGCUAUGGGUCUUUUUUCUCCAGACCACGCCCGCAACUCCUCCGGGUCUUCCGAUUCGACUCGUGUGCCCUCUGGCGCUCCCAGUGAGCGUGGCCCCGGCUCUGGCUGGGAAGGUUAUGAGAUGCUCAGUCAGGACUCUGACGCUCCGACUCGAGUCUAUCGCCGUGUCGCCGUUCCUUGCCUUGGAAUCAGCAACCUUGCUGGAUCUCCAUAUCCCCAGCGCAUGACCAUGUUGGAAAGCACUGCUGAGCAGCGCAGUUACCGUCAGGGUAUUCAACAUCUUCAACGCGAACGCGCGCGAAUCCACAUCAACGAGACUAUUAAUGAGGAGACGGAACCUUGA